CGGGCUACUGUGCAACAAAUGAUCACAUGCACCUCCUACCUAAGGUACCUAAGGGUUAAUACCAACUACCUACAUUACCAACAACUACAUCACAUAGCAAAAUCAUCAACGCCAAAGUCGACUUCCUCGCAAGUUUCAUAAAACAAUUACAAUUAUCUACCGUAUCUUGCGUGUCAUCGACGACGUCCAUUGUAGUGGGGAACUUGGCCAAAAGGGUACCUCCGCUCUUCUACCACGAACUUCAAACUCCGUACACUCACUGCCGGCCGGAUCAUCUGCCCCACCUCCCCCAACGCCAUCUACCUUGGUACCCUUGCUUUCUCACCUCCAGCUGCCUCAGGUAAGGUACGGCCAUCGGUGUUCCCCGCCUACCUACCUGUACCUACCUAAAGCAGGUAUCUGCCUAUCGUCGACUUCAACCUCUCACCCUGACCUGCUACUUGUGUAUACAGGCAGGCCGGCAUUCAAGAUACCAAGCACCGCUGAACCACUUCUCUUCCAUUACUACAGGUCUUGAAGACCAAACGUUGUUCUGUGUAAUUCAUUUCCCAACAUCGAGCUGUGCCGGCAAUCGAAUACAACCUUCGCCUCAGAUGCUCUUCAGAUUAAAGCAUCAUAUUCCUCGACAACACCCCACUACUUCUGUGAAAAACGCCUUGUCCUCAGCUUAAAGUCUACGAAUAUCGCACACCAUGUCUUCCUCAACGGAUAAAGAAGUCAUUGUGACUCUCUCUCAGAUGGGGCCAAAGUCCGCCGGAAUGACGCUUAUCGAUCGACGGCUUACACUGGGUGCCGAAGAUGACAGGGUCGCUAUCGGCAGAACUUCUAAGAGCAUUUCCAAAGGCCGUGUUGCGACCGAUGUCAACGGACUUUUCGACUGCGCUGUCAUGAGCCGAAACCAUGCAGUUCUGUAUACCAAAUCGGGGGAUGUCUUCAUCGAAGAUACCACAUCUAUGCAUGGGACAUUCGUCAACGGGGAUGACAUCCGCGGACGCUCCCCCCAUCAGCUUCGAACUGGCGACGGCGUCCGUUUUGGGAUUCCCAUUAACCGUAACGAAGAUUCCUUUUCGCCUGUUUUGGUUACGGUUGGCAUUGAGAAACAAGAGCGACAACUGCCUUUGACUUUCGGGGUCCCAGAUGCGUCGGAAUCAGAGCUUGAGGCUUCCGACGCCGAGGAAAACGACAACAAUGACGACUUUACGCAAGGCCCAGCAAACUGCCCACAGGUCGUGGAUUUGACAUCACCAGUCGGCUCUCCUCAGUCACACAGCAGUCCAAACCCUUUACCUGUGUCAGAUCUGAAUUUUUUCACCGUUAGACAAGUCGAUAAUAUCGAGAACGGCAUCAUCGCUUCGUCGCCACUUGGAGGAUCUGUUCUGUCCAGUGACGGAGAUCUCGAUGAUGCGUUGUUCGAUUCCAGCAAUAAUGAUGCUGGCGAUUUCGAUCAAGAUACUACCGACAAUGUUGAUUCGGACAUUUAUUCCGAAGAAGUCGAUCCAUCUGUUUACGACGAAGUCGAUUCCGACUACGGCUCCGAUUUUGAAGAUCCUCAAGACACAAAGAAUCCCGACACUACUGAUGGUGUAGAAGAUGUCCAACCCACAGAACACGUCGAGCCUGAUUUCUUCGGUUGGCCUCGGCCCGAGUCCACGGCCAAUAUCACUUGGCCUGCUCAUAUCCUUCCUCCUGCAGCAGCAGAUGAACUUGAAUUCACGAUAUACCCCCAAGAGGGCAUUGAACGGCCAGGGAUUUCGAAAAAGAGAAAGGCAGCCGACAUUUCUGAAAUCACCACUGAAGAACUUCAAUGGGUUGCUCCACCCGAGCCGGUAGUUGAACAGCGCCAUGCACAAGAUCAGGAGAUUGUAUCGGUAGCCGCGCCCGUCACUCCGGUCUGCUUUGUCGAUGUUCCUCGACCAUCCAAACGGCUGCGUCAUUUUGCGGCUGGCUUAGGUUAUGCGGCCCUUGGAGGCAUCACAGCCGCAGCUGUUACGUUCGGAUCUCUUGCCUAUACGGCACCAAGCUUUUAAUUCUGCUGUUUGUCAUGGAUUGACCGUCUUUAAUUCCCGUUGUGUCUUUUCCAUUUUCCACCCACAUUGAGCUCUAAGGCUUUGGUACAUGUUUAUUUUCCUUUAUUGUCUGAAUCUCUUCUCCCCCUUGAAAUGAUUUCUUACUCAUCCACCACAUUUUUUCACGAUUUUAUGAACCAAGACCGACGGCUGGCGAACAGGCUUUUGUCAAUGUGGGAGGGAAUGUGCAUUUGCGUUUCUUUUUACAGAACCUUUUAACUUGACCGCAAUGGUGUUCUGGCGGAGGGGAACUCGUGUGUAUGGUAUUUUUGUCUUUGACCUUUCAAUAUAGCGAAAUUCUCAACUUCCGUUUAGAAGCUGUGCAACGGAUCGGUAACUCC